AACCUCUAUUUUAAUACAUGUACAUGAUACAUAGUUUUCUAUUAAUAAAACAUUUUGCUGUGUGGUUUAAAAGUUAUAAAGUUAACUAAACUGCAAUAGAGACAAUACUCUAUGGACAACAAUCUCAAUGGCACAACGCAAAGUUCUAUCUAGUGUGGAUAGAAUGAUAUUCUGUCAACAACUUCGACAGGAUUAUGUUUUUGGUUAUUCCUUGUAUGGGAUGGUUAUAAGAAGAAAACACAAACACAGUUAUCAAAGUAGAGCCCAUACUCCGCCGAUACAACAACUUAGUAUGACAAGAUAUCAGAGUUUCGGUGGAGUUGACCAAGCUGUCAAAACUAAACAGGCGACGGAAGACGGACGCCAGAUGAUGACAAUAGGUCAACUGGACAUUUGGACCAGAUAUGGUCCACAAAUAUUGACUAAGUUCAUGGAUAAAGUCCAACGUGUCAUAUAUAUCGUUUGUGAACUUUGGCGUGGUGGAAUGUGUGAAAAAAUGAACGUAGAAGAACAUUUAGAGAGAGAAAAUAAAGAAUUGAUUUUAUAUCAGACUCAUAAAGACCAAGGCUACCAAUGGUGUCGUGAAUUUCUUGGUGGAUCGUGGUCAACUAUCAAAAAAGAAGAUUUUAUAUUCACCACAUUAGGAGGUGGAUUAACAAAUCUUCUGUACACGUGUGAAUUAUCUGAUAAUAUACAAACUCAAAACAAUGAACCAAGAACUGUUUUGUUGCGAGUGUAUGGAGAUAUUGCUAAAGACUUGAAAUUUCUUGUUCAGAACUCAGUGGUGUUUUGUUUACUGUCAGAGAAACAAUUGGGACCAAAAUGUUAUGGAUUGUAUCCAAAUGGAAGAAUAGAAGAAUAUAUUCCAACAAAGAGUUUGACAAGGAAAGAUUUACACAAACCAGAGAUAUCCAGCAUGAUAGCAAGAAAAUUGGCUGUCAUUCAUAAUCUGCAUAUGCCUUUAUGUAAAGAACCAAGAUUUCUUGGAGAACUCACUAGACAUUGGUUAGCUGAAGCUAAGAACAACACCCGACCAGAUGAUACUGAUCCUAACAUACAAAAGAUAACAUCCUAUGAUUUAGACGCAGAGUUAUCAUGGUUAUUGAAGAAGAUUGAAGAUUUGAAAUCACCAGUUGUAUUUUCACACAAUGAUUUACAAGAAGGGAACCUUUUAUAUAUGAAAGAUUGUAAAGACCCAGAAAAGCAGCUGACUGUCAUAGAUCUUGAGUAUUGCAGUUAUAACUAUAGAGGGUUCGAUUUUGGUAAUCACUUUUGUGAGUGGUGCUUAGACUAUCAAAGCGAACAAGAAAUGCCUUAUUAUUCUUACCAUGAAGAAUCUUACCCGUCUAAACAACAACAAUUCCAUUUCUUCAGGGCCUACUUAGAUGCUAAGAAUGAGGCAUGUACAGAUGAAGUACUAGAGACGCUAUACAGAGAGGCUAAUACAUGUGCCUUAGCUUCACAUCUUAUGUGGUUAGUCUGGUCAAUUGUCCAGAGAGACAAGUCAGAUAUUCAGUUUGGUUAUUUGGAAUAUGCUGUUUGUCGAUUAGAGGCCUACUUCAGAUUGAAAAAGGAAUUGUUUCCUGAUGAGACAGAAAAGGUGUAAUGUGUCUUCACAGUUGUAAUAAUCCAUGUUGAAUUCCUGUCUAUAUCAGUCCCAGCAGAAUGGAGAGUGGUGUAGGGGAGAUAACCUGUGAAAAAAUACCAGACGAUUUUGAUUUGCUCAAGGUGCUAUUGUCAUUGUCAUGCCUUUUCUCUUAUUUGCUGUGAUGAUGCUAAAAUUCAUAUCGUAAUACCAUUAUGAUUUGUUUUAUUAGGAAUACAUUACAGUAAUAAGUUAUAGGCUAUUAUGGAAGUGAAGAACUAUGUGUUCAGUUGUAUGUUAUUUUAAAUUCAGUCAUUUUAAUUUGAUGUGUUUGUUUAGUUAAAACUAAGUUGAGUUGUUUUGAAUUUAUUUUCUCAUUUUGUAUUCAAUUUUGAAAAGAUUUUUUUUUUAACUGUAGGUUCUCAAUAUCAAGAAAGUAUUUUUUGUUAUCUGUCAGUAAGGAAGACUGAUGCCUCUUUAAGGCAGUCAUACUGGUUAUGACAACUUGCUUUAAGUAUGUCAGUAUUACCCAUACAAAUAGGUCAAUGUCUCUAGUCUUUUAUUCCCAGAAAUUUAAAAGAUAAAUAAAUAAAACGUGCCAAAGAAGUUACCAAUUUCUAUCUAAUGAUUUUGUAUUCUACUCUGAUGUUAAAACAGUAUCAUGGUUAAAACACCUAUUUGUUAUAAAUUAAGUUUGUUGCUAGAAAAUUAUUGAAUAGAUUUAGAAUGAAUAUACAUUUAAUUUUCUACAAAUUGGAAUGUUAGAAAAUUCAAUUUUUUUCACAUAAGCAGCUAUUAUCUGUCUGAUUCUGAGUUUGUUGUAACAUAUUACUUAUAUAAUGUACAUUGUAUUGUUUAUACAGAGAAUUUUCUGAGUUUGUUGUAACAUGUUACUUAUAUAAUGUACAUUGUAUUGUUUAAACAGAGUAUUUAUCAUUGGUAAUAGGGUAUAUAUUACAUUUUGACUGCUUGCUAUUAUAUGUGACUGUCAUGAGUCCCAGUAAAAAUGGUUGAGAAUAAGUAAAAACUGUUUUCAAUGUAUUUUACAUAAUACAAAUCUUGUGUCUUAGCUUUUGCCUGCAAGGAUAUAUGACUAGCUACUUUUUGUUCUGGUAAUUAUAAAAUCAGCCAAUGAAACUUCUUCUUAAAUGUUUUUGAAGAUGUGCAUUAUAACAGCAAACGAGAGGAUCUCAAAAGGUCUUUAAAAUAGAACGUCAAACUGGUUGUUUUCAUAUCCUUGUAAACUUAGCAUGGACCUGUAUUCCAAUCUGAUUGUAUUGUUUGAAAAAUAGAUGAAAAAUUGAAAAUUGUACAUAUAUGUACUAUAACUUUUUGAAAAUUUGUUAUACCAAAUCAAAUAUGAUGUAAAUUGUCUUAAUUAAUUUGCCAAUAUUUUAUUCAUAUCAUAAACAUUUGAUACAUUUGAAUUUGCUUUAAAGUCAUUUUGUUAAGUAUUAAAAAGUCCCUUCAUUUUCUAACAUUUUAUUUAUUUGUAGAGUAUUAAAAUGUUGAUACAUGUUUCAAAAUUGACUGCUUUAAUAUGAUUUGUAUUAUUGCUACAAAGUCCCAGAUAUACGUUAAGCUUUAAUUAAUUACUAUUUAUAUCUGUUGUGUAGCAUGUGCUUUAUUGCGUUUAUUUUUACACUGCCAGAAUCAUGUAUAAUAAUUGACCAAAGACAUUACACUGGAAUACAAUUCUCAUUUAUUUAUAUUGUAUUUAUGGAAAGUUUUUUGCAUUAUUCUUUGAGAAAAAGAUAUGUAUUAUAUGUAUAUGUGUAAGUUAAAGACAUCAGGAAAUAAUUUCAGUGACUGAGAACAUUGUUUCUGCAUUACUACUUCAAAAAAUUUUAAGAGAUUUUUCAAAUAUGAAUUCAACAGCAUUAUGUUCCUAAGUAUUAUUUUAAGCUUACAUAGUGAUAUUGUGUGUGUAUAUAUAUCUUUAUGUUAAUCAUGUGUAAACAAUUGUUGUAGAUUUUAAUUUUAAUAUCUAUUUUUAUGUUUUUUUUGUGUUAAUUUUUUUUAGCUUUAUACACAUUGAUAUGCCCAACACAAUAGUUAAAUGAAUAGAAACUGAAUAGUGGGAAAGGGGAGUAUAGGUAUAAAAUUAUCCAUAUAUAUAUUUUUUUUAAUACCUUAGAUCUUAUGCAUAAUUUAGCCUGAUCUGACUUAGGGUAAUGUUUAUGUUCGGAAGAAAACAGAAGUUGAAAUCUUUAAUUUUGUUAUCCUUCCUGUUUGAAAAAAGUGCCUCAAUGGAGAAAAAUAUUUUUUGUAUUUUAUGUUGAAUACAUACAUCAAUGUAGCAUUCAAUAAGUCAAAAUGAAUUUACAUUUUUUUUGUUUUUAAACCUUUUGAUAGGGACCAACUCACAUCUUACAUAUACAUUUUGUUUUUAUUUUUCACAAACAAAUGUUAGGUAAAAGUGGGUUUUUUUUGCCCAGCCUUUGGUUGCAGUUUUAUAAAACAUUAAUGGUAAAAUGGGUAAAAUAACUAUAUAAGAAUAAAUGAAUUUGAUACUCUAUUUUAUAUCUUAUAUGCAUAAUAUUCCUUCAUAGUGAGUAUACAUACAUCAUGUAUUAUGUCAUUUUAAAAAGGUAAAGGGGGUUUCGUCCUGAUUUUCCAAAAAAUAUAAUAUCAAUGAAAUUUUAAGUAAGUUCCAGCAACAUGAUAUAAUAAAAUCCCUAAUUCCUAAAUUACUGAUUAUUUUAUGGGCUAUUCCUGAAUUUAUCACACAAAUUAUACAGCUUGAUCUUGAGUUCCAAAAAAAGUUCUUUAGCCCCUCCAAUCAGAUGAGAUAGUUUGUUGACCUACCUUGAGCAUCCAUAUUUAUGUCUGUCCAUUUGUUGGAUGUUGAAUGUACAUGAUAAUUAAAUGAUUAAUGAGUCCUAAAAUACAUUAGUGGAAAAGUCCUUUGCACUUUUUAUAAUAAACCUUUAUUGAAUACUAGUCGAAGGAAUAACAUUUGCGUUCCUGUAAAUUAUAUUGCUUCUUUUGUGACCAUUAUUUUCAUUAUUUUGUAAGCAAUCAUUGAUGAUUUAUUUUGGUGUGUUGUCAUGUUUAUAGUAUUCAAGUUUAUCCAUUUGUAUGAAGUAACACAACAUAAUCUAGGGUGUCAUGAAUUUAUUUGUAUAACCUUUUGCAAUUGAUAUUUUUUUUGUUAUUUGUUUUACAUGAUUUUAAUAUAUUGUUUUCGAGUCCUUUGUUUAUUAUUAUAUUUUGUAUUGCAUCAUUGAAUUAAUAUGUAUCAUUUUAUGCAGAAAAAUAAUUGAUGAUUUAUGUACAUUCUUAUUGUUAAUGUUAAUAUUUAUUAAAAUAUGGAAAAAAUUA